AUGUUUGAAAUGUCAUUGCUCCUUACUCCGGUUGACUUUGAAAAGGUGACUCCCACUGUCUCUCCCUCUUUUCCCCCUUUCCCUUGCUGUCUCUGUCUUUCAGAUAAGUUGUUUGGAAAGCGGCUGCUGCAGGCUGGGAGACACAUCAUGUCUCAUAAAUCCUGGAUGAAAACAGUGCCCACAGAGAACUGUGAUGUUCUCAUGACAUUUGCAGACUUUACAGAUGACCACACGUUACUAUGGCUACUGAACCACAUCCGGCUGGGAAUCCCAGAGCUCAUCAUCCAAAUACGACACCAUAAGCACACCAGAGUGUACGCAUUCUUCAUCACCGCUACAUACGAAAAUUUGCUGCGUGGCGCUGAGGAGAUGGGCCUGAGGAAGGCGGUGAAACCAGAGUUCGGCGGGGGGACGCGCAGCUUCUCCUGCGAGGAGGACUACAUCUACGAGAACAUCGAGAGCGAGCUAUGCUUCUUCACUUCACAGGAGAGGCAGAGUAUUAUCAGAUACUGGCUGGAUAAUCUACGUGCCAAACAUGGAGAGGUUCUCCACAACAUCAACUUCCUAGAGGGCCAGCCCAUCAUCCCAGAGUUGAGCGCGAGAGGCGUGAUCCAGCAGGUGUUUCCCCUUCACGAGCAGAGGAUCCUCAGUCAGCUGAUGAAGUCUUGGGUGCAAGCUGUCUGUGAGAAACAGCCUUUAGAUGACAUCUGCGACUACUUUGGGGUGAAGAUAGCGAUGUACUUUGCCUGGCUGGGUUUCUACACCACUUCGAUGUUAUAUCCUGCUGUGAUCGGGUUCGUGCUUUGGAUGCUCACCGAGUCAGAUCAGACGAGCCGUGACAUCUGCUGUGUGGUGUUUGCCCUCUUCAACGUGGUGUGGGCCACUCUGUUUUUGGAGCGGUGGAAGAGGAGGGGUGCCGAGCUGGCGUACAAGUGGGGAACUCUGGACGCACCCGCCGAAUCUCUUGAGGAACCCCGGCCUCAGUUUCGGGGAAUCAAGCGCUGCAGCCCAGUAACAGGCUGUGAGGAGUUCUACUACCCUCCGUGGCGGAGGCGCGUGUUCAGGUGGCUGGUCAGCCUGCCCAUCUGUAUACUCUGUCUUUGCUUCGUCUUCCUGGUCAUGCUCAUCUGCUUUGAGCUGCAGGAGUUUGUCAUGGGGAUCAAGGAAAUGCCUCGGCUGGCCCGCUUCAUCCCCAAAAUCAUGCUAGCUAUCACUGUGACUGCAUGUGACGAGGUGUACAGAAAAAUUGCCUGCUGGCUCAAUGACAUGGAAAACUAUAGACUCCAGAGUGCCUAUGAGAAAAAUCUCAUCAUCAAAAUGGUUCUUUUUCAGUUUGUAAAUUCUUAUCUCAGCCUUUUUUACAUUGGAUUCUACCUCAAAGACAUGGAGCGCCUGAAAGAGAUGCUGGCCACUCUACUCAUCAUCCGCCAGUUCCUUCAAAACGUGAAGGAGGUACUGCAGCCUUACCUGUACGAGCGCCACAAGUUGGGGGAGCUCACAAUGAGAGCCGUGUGGGACCUGCUGCUCUCAGUGCUGCUGAAAUAUGCCCGGCUGGCCGCUGGAAAAGCUCAGUCCUCCCCCACUGACCAGGCCAUGCCAGGACCCGGGCUAAGAGGCACCAGGCCAGGAGUGGGACACCCAGAGCGAAGGGAAAAGAAGUGUUUGAACGGUGGAUGUGGAGUGCCUGAUGAGGAGGAAGGAGGUGAGAGGGAUGAGGCUGACAGCGGGAGGUUCAGUGAAGGGGAGACAGAGGAGGAAAGCUUGAUCGACUGCGGUCUGAAGCUGAGGAAAGUCAGCUUCAUAGAAAAGGUGGACAGAAGGCCAGCCUGUAGCGGACCCCCCAUGGAAAACAGUUUCAUGGAAGAGGGGAGCCCCACCAUGGUUGAAAAAGGAAUGGACCCCGCCUCUGUGUUUGAAAUGUGCGAUGACGACGAUGACAAUGGAAUCCACGAUGUGAAGGACUCAUCAGGGGGCGGGGCUGAGGGGAAUAACGCCGCCGCCGCCGCUUCAGCUUCAGCAGCAGCAGCUGCAGCUGCAGCAGGGGCAGCCACACUGCCCUCUGGGCCCGACGGCAGCAUAUCGCUGCGGCACAGGAGGAGAGGCCGGAGCGUGGAGAGGCCCGAGCCUAAAGCCAAAAGGGAGUCGUGGAUCGAUCCCCCCGAAGAGAGCGAGAGCACAACGCUCACUCAGGCUGAGAUGGAGAGCUGCAUGCAGACUUAUUCUGACACCUUCCAAGACUAUCAGGAGAUGUUUGUCCAGUUUGGCUAUGUGGUGCUCUUCUCCUCCGCCUUUCCCCUGGCUGCCAUGUGCGCGCUCAUCAACAACAUCAUUGAGAUCCGCAGCGAUGCCUUUAAGCUGUGCACCGGCCUGCAAAGGCCGUUUGGGGUCAGAGUGGAGAGCAUCGGCCAAUGGCAGACUGCCAUGGAAGCCAUGGGCCUCAUUGCAAUCAUUGUGAAUUGCUAUUUGAUUGGUCAGUGUGGUCAGCUGCAGCGCCUCUUUCCUUGGCUUAGCCCUGAGAUGGCCAUCAUCUCCAUAGUCAUCCUCGAGCACUUUGCGAUCCUCCUGAAGUACGUCAUCCAUGUGGCUAUUCCUGACAUUCCUACAUGGGUCAGAGAAGAGAUGGCUAAACUCGAUUAUCAACGUAGAGAGGCCUUCAAGAAGCACGAGCGGCAGGCCCAGCAGCACUACCAGCAGCUGCAGCGGAGGAAGAGGGAUGAAGAGGAGAGGCAGAGGCAGGCGGAGCACAUGGCCCGCAGGGAGAGGGAGAGGGACGACAGCAAAAGCGACUCCUCCGGGGACCACCACCACGAUAAGAACCACGGCAGCAAGUCUCGAUCCGGAGGGGGCGGGGGAGGGGCCGGCUCAUCGGACAAACCCAAGAGGCCCAGCUCGCUCCUGGCCAACAACAAUGUGAUGAAGCUGAAGCAGAUCAUCCCCCUGCAGAACAAGUUCUCCUCCAGCGGCGCCCGCUCCCCCCAGUCGCCCACCGGCAACGAGCCCAAACUCCCCGGCUUCCUGAGCUUCAAGUUCCUCAAAUCGCCCGAGAACAAGAAGGAGGGCGCCGCGAAUUCUUCUGCCGCCGCGGCCUCGUACGGCACGGCGGCGGCGGCGGCGGCGGCGUCCUCCUCAUCCUCAUCGUCAGGUAGCAGCUCACAGGAGCGUUCUCAGUCACCCAGCAAAGCCUUCAACCCCGGGAAGUUGUUUAACUUCGGGAAAUCCGAAGGAGGGGCGUGCGUGAACGGGGCUCCCCCUCCCAGAUCCGGAGAGGGAUCAUCAUCAUCAUCAUCACAGGAAAGACAAACGUCCCGCUCGGACCUGAACGGCGUUCCGGAGGAGAUCCCCUCGCCGGGAGGCGAAGGCUCGCUGAACGGACACAGCACAGACUCAGACCAGGCCAGCUCCAAAAUGUAGUGCAGGAAAACCCUGUCCCUGGUUCCAUCUCAGCUGAAGAGUCGAUGUGCUCACGGUGAGGAAAGGCCUGACGCACGCCCUCUGUGCUGUCAGAGGCCGUGCGAAACGAGGAGCAGAGAGGUAAAAACUGAAAGUGGCGAGGGAGCGCUGCGGUGUCGGUUUGCAAUUGUGCCGAGAGACAAAAAAAAAAAAAAACGGCUCUGUAAGACAGACGUAAGCCCAUCUGUCAUGACCGAAAUAUAACACAUACACACACCUUCAGACACAAAACACGGAUAUUCUUCCUUGUCUGCAAUACAUAAAGAAAUGCAUGAGCUGCGUUUCUAUUGUUUUUUUUAGCCUUUCAAGCAGAGAGCUUAGUUUCCUCAUUUCUUCUUGUCAAAGGUUGUAACAUCUCAGUGGCCUCGCACCCAGACAACAACCCGUCAUGGAGAAAAUGUAUUAAAACAACACAUCCAAUGGUAUGAAAAAAUUGCAGAUUGUAUAUCGAAUAUCUGAGUUUUUUUUUCUUUUUCUUUCUCAUUUACCCGUCAUAGCAAGAAAUCAUUAGAUAUCCCUCUCAUUUUCAAGUAUGAAAUUCCUUGGGCCUGUCACUUUUAUAAUGAGGCAGAAAAAAAGGAAAAGCAAUAUUGAGCCGUGUUUUGAUGAUCCUUAUCACGGCAGAAGCCUCCAUCUAUAAUCGUUGCUGAUAGAUCACCAACUGUACUUUGUAAGCAGCGGUGAUGUCUCAGCUUUCAGCUUUGCUCCCUCCCUGUGGAUUAUUUGUCUGAAAAGAAAGUCGAGUUGUCACUACCAGUAUUUUUCCUAAGAGAUACAAAAGAAAGAAGUUAAGGGGAGAAAAACAAAAACUAGUUGAUGGAGGUAAUCUUUGAGAAAGUGGAGCAUGGGCGCCUGUUGCGUGCCGUUCUCCAUCCAAGCCCGGAGAACGCCUUGUAAACACAGAUGGUGCUUCGCUCCACACACUCCAGCCAGACUUGGCAAGUGAGUAUAAAAUUAAAGCAGUAACGCUUGCACUAAACCCUGACGACACAUCUCUCCCUUCAAGGGAGAGGCCUGAAGCCAGCCAGCCCAAUUAAAUUAUGCAAAAGCUGGAUUCUUUUGUUUCCUCUUUUUAUUCCCUCCUUUCACAUACUGAAAGUAGCUUCUCAUCCUUCUUUACUUUCAACAAGUAUGUAAUUACACAAUAUUCAGAGGAGCUUCGUCUUUGGUUCUCAUUCAUUACAUAAGUUUUAGAAAGAUCUUUUGGAGUUUUUUGCUUUCAUUUACUAAAGUGAAACGACGAUGCACAGCAUUCUACAAAAGAUGAAGGCACUAAAUUAUAAAGAUCAUGAGUGAAGGAUGUGAUUAAAACUAAAUAAGCUUUUGGAAUUAGGUUGAUAAAUACCCUUUGUCUUACAGGACCCAGACGGUGAGGUUAUUUCAAGCGUAUUAGACCCUUUGCCACAUUUCCUAGAUGUUGUACUGGUCACGUGACGUCACACUGACUCAUGACGUGUCGCUGAAAGGGCCAAAACCAUUGUUUGUUUGUUCUAAAAGCUCCAAACAUUAUGAAGUGCUCAAAUCUUUUGUAAUAUAUUGUCUUUCUAUUAUGUAAAAGACAGUUCCCUCAUGUAAGCCCAUCGUCUAACAUUUAUGAGUACGUCAAUUCUGCUGUGUCUCCAGAAGGUGGUGCCAGUUUGUCAGCCUGUACAAAAAAAAAAGAAAAAGAGAAAAAAAAACUGGUUCAAAUCCAAGAUUUUUGCUCUGCCCGUAAAAUCAGUCGCUUUUCAUUGUCAGUGUCAGGCUGCACUUUUGAAGUGGAAUGCAUUAUCCGGGAACAGGAUGGCAUACUGAGAAAUGGCCGUUGCACUGUACUGUGGUUUGGAAGACAGGAACAUUAACUAUGCAUUUCCACACAUUUUCUUCUGGUAAAGAUUUUUGGCAAUAAUGCUGGGUUGAAGUUGACCUGCGAGACAGUCACUCUGAACUAACAUACCGCGCUGCAAUUCCAGCAGCCCCAUUCCCAGCUCAUUCUAUGCAUCCUUUCUCCAUGUCCCUUUGUUGUUGAUGUCUUUUUGUUUGUUUUUCGCUCACUCUCAGAGAUCUCCUUUCUCAUAUGGAGAUUUUAAAAAAUCUGCACUGACCCAGAGUUAAAAUGAUUUAAUUGAUUGACCAUUGUGGGUUCAGAUUUACUCUUUAAAUGUAUUUUGCUCUACAUUAACGUUAUCGUUUAUGUCAUUUUGCCAAACACCUGCAGAAAGGAGAGACUUGAAGUACUUUCACUGGCAGACAAAAAAAAGCUAACGCAAUACAGGAAUGAGCAGGAAUACACAUCACAGCCUACAGUGUGUUGCUCAUUUUAAAGCUAAAAAAUGUCAUGUAAUCUUUUCUGAUUGUACUUACAGGCCAGCAAAGGGACAUUGUUCAUGACAACAGCUAUCAGUCUCUAGCAAUUGUAUCGUUUCAGAAUUUGGAGUUCAGGAAUAAGCGACAUCAUCAUGCAAUACUGUCCAUUCUUCAUUUGAAAAUCUGUGCAGAAAAUGAACAAGUGAAAUCGGGCGAUGGAGAUCUGGGCACCUGCUGCUGGAAUUUGGUCAUAUCCUGAUGUGUAAAGUUCCACCUUAUCAGCGAUGGAUAUGGAAUUAAAAAAAAAAGGUUUAUUUGUGGCAGCUGCAUGAUAUUUAGAACUUUAAUAGAAAACAUCAUCCUGUGUCUAAAACAGUGCUAUCAGACUAAUUGGGCAAAGCACAGGUAUCCAUUGAAUGAAGAGAGCAGCUCGGGCCACUGAGACCCAUCACGCAUUACUAAUUCAACAUCGAACGAGCAGUAGUUCUAUAAAAAUGUCCAGUCUUAACUUCCCUUUUCCAACAUGAUAAGUUUAAUGUGAAAAUACUGAGAAAGGACCGAAUGGGUUUAGUAAAUGUCUGGUGUUCUGGAUUUUCGGUUGGAUGUGAACAGGUGAUAUUCUCACCACAGCUACAUUGAAACCUGAUCCAAACCUCACAAUCAAGACAUUUUCAUGGAAGCUUCACUGACAGAACAUCACACGCUCUUCCAAUGUACAACUGUACAAAAAAAUCUUUUAAAGAAAAAUACUGGGAAAUGGGAGUAUUUAUUUCUUUUAAUUUAUUUUGUCAUAUUUUUGUAAACUCUGGAAAUAGUUAAUAAAACUCUUGCAAAUGCA